UCCACUUCCCUUUACUCAUAUCUUGAGUGUAAUUAAUUUGCCAAAAGAAAGAUAAAACAAUAAACAAAGUUAAAGACGAAUUUGACUGAUAGCAUUAUUAUUAUUUUUUUUAACUUUUCCAUAGAUAUCGUGAUAAUAUCGUUAUUAACUUUUUUGGGGCCAUGAUAAUUGUGACAACCAUAGUGAGUUUUUAUUGCAGAAAAAGCAAAACCAAGGAUGCCUUUUCAGUUCAAACUUUCUGCUGCUACACAAAAACUAUUCCAAAUUUGAAUGACGGAUAAUACAAUAUAGUAUAGUACCCUUAUAGUCAGAGCUAAUCGAGUGUAUCUUUUCCUUUAGGUGGGAAUACUAUCAUGUGUGUAUCUCGGCUGGUUUUGCUGCUCGGGCUGCUUCUAUGUGUCGGGGCUCAGCUGUCCAGCGCCCAGCACUGGUCCCACGGUUGGUACCCUGGAGGCAAGAGGGAGCUGGACUCAUUCGGCACAUCAGAGGUUUCAGAGGAGAUUAAGCUGUGUGAGGCAGGAGAAUGCAGCUACUUGAGACCCCAGAGGAGGAAUGUCCUGAGAAACAUUAUUUUGGAUGCCUUAGCCAGAGAGCUCCAGAAGAGAAAGUGACAGCUUUUCUACCUAUAGUGACCCUCUUCUUCUUCAUCUUCUUCAGUGUCCUCGUCUUGAUGUGAAACAACUUUAUGUUGAUCCUCUGAUCUCGUCCAUUUCUUAUAUUUGUCAGUAAAGUUGUUUUCCAGCAUUACAUGGAUUAUCCCUGUGGCAAACAAAUGUUGAGAUUGUAAUGUCCCAAAAUAAAAUAUCUAUUUUGAUAUGAACUUUGUUUGUGUCCAAAACUGUCUAUGGUAUAGUGUGAAUAAUAAAUGUAUGGAAACACUAUAGGGAACUUAGAAAAAAAAAAAAUUCAUGAUGGAUAAAUUCCAUUUAGAUGUUUCGGUUUCAGGGUCGUGGUUUUGUGCAUGCUGGU